GCAAGGCCACAACACCUACUUGUGGUAUGAAAUCAAGCCUACCACCUCUCAGUUCUCCUCUGCCAACAGCCAAACUUCCAAGUGCACAGAGAAGUUAGUGGUCUAUAUGAGUGACUACUAUGGUUCAACUCAUUGUACUGAGUUCGACAUUGUAGAAGAAGGUAAUGCUUCUCUCACCUGUGAUCCGUUGGGCAUCUACCACUUGCCGCUGGAUACUUCCAGCAGUUCUCACCUUGUGUUGGACCUUGAGGUCAUGGCAGAGUACAUGUACAAUGUUGAGUUCCAAGUUCAGCGUGACGGAACUUCCCAGCAGAAGGUGGACCUUUGGCGUGGCAAGGAUGCUCCUAAGAUCGUGAGACAGGAGAAACCUUGGAAGUGCACAACCAUUUUCAAAGUUAAGCCUGGAGGUUUCGAACGCCGGACCAACGUCCGGGCAUCGAUCUCAGUAGGCAAUCGCCGCGGGGAUAUAGACGAAGAAAUCUACGUCCCAGACUCUGUCCGUGAACCCUCGUCUUCCAGUCGCAAGCCACCUUCAGGAGGCUCAUCCAACGAUGAGGUACCUAGCAAAAAGCCUUCACCCGGCGGCUCGUCCAACGACGAGGAACCUGGACCCUCACAGCGUCAAGAGCAAAAGAAGCGUGAGGACAACCCAGUAGCUAAGGAAGACACGUCCCUAGAACCUAGGCGGGUAGAGCUUCCUUUGCCUGGUCAAGAGCUUAGUGCUGCCUCACCUAGAAUGCGCGCGCCAGAAUUUGGUGACGUCAUUUUUGUGGACCAUCAGGAAAUUCAGUUUCGUACCGCGAAAUACGUCGUUCUUUUGGUUCUUGAUGGCGCUACAAAUCUCCUGCAGGCUACGGCUCAGAAAACCUUGUUGCCGGAGGAAACGAUUUCUGCUCUUCGUCUGUGGAUCGAGGAAAACAACUGUGUUCCGAAAAGAGUUGUGGGCGACACUGCGUUUUUCACGCCGGACUUUGAGAAGUUCUACAAAUACCAUAACAUUGCUCAGUAUCCGUGCGGGCCAAGGACGCCUUGGCCUAACCGUGCCGAAACCGCUGUUCGUUUGUUCAAAAAGACGUGGGUGUUGUUUGUAAAGUCUCUUGGUGAAGAAGGUAUGUUUCAAAAGAUCACACUUCGCCAAGCCGUGACACGAAUCGUUUUCGUUCGUAAUUGCCAGCUUACGGUGUCCGGCUACUCUCCUCUUGAAGUAGCUACAGGUAGAAGACCUCCAGACCUCUUAGAUGUCGAGACCUCUAAUCCUGAGCAACUCUCCUUAGAAGGACUUCUUGAGGACAGGACCGCUACGCAGCUGAGGACGAUAGCCAUGAAGGCUCAUCUGGAAGCGCGACAGUCCGCAGACCUGAAAAAGGAUUUAGCUAAGAGGGUUAUGCCUUCAGAUGGUCCUUAA